AGACUCGGUAGGGCAUGAGCUUUAUAUUCAAAAUCGUGCAAAAGAAGGAUAUAAUUUAACAGACAGAGGAAGAAGAUAACUGACUUUGGUUUGGAUAUGUCUAUGACUAAACCUCAUUUCCAAGCAGAGAAAGAUGAAGAUGCAGUCCAAAAGAUUGGAGAUGGCUACAAUAUCAAACCACGAGGACUUAACAUUGUAUGGGGCAAUGAUGAACGCUACUGGAAAAUACCAGCCAAAGGGCCUGCAGGUGUCGAUGUUGCUGCAGAGCUGGUGCAGGUUUCAUGGCUGGAAGUAACAGGCUCAGUUGUUUUAACACCUGGGAAGACUUAUAAACUGAACUUUGAGGUACAACUGCUAUCAGAGGCAUUUGGCUGGAAAGAUAUACAAGCUUUCUUGAUGGCCAAGGUAGGGAAAAAGGGAAGAUACACGUGGAAAAGGGUUCAAGUACAGCAGCAGGCUGGGACAGGAAACUUCUUUAUUCCUAAGGAAGAAGAUGAGCUCCGCAUUGAAGUUCCACCUGGGAAUACUGACAACACCCUUCAGUUCGGUCUGUAUGAAGUGUGGAGUGGGAAAUGGAAAGGAGGCUUGAAGAUCUAUAAUGCGAAAGUAACUGCGAUUAAUCCUUGAACUUGUCCUCAAUCUGCAGUCUUUUCUAUCACAUGAAUGUGUGCCCAUUGAUGUAUUAUAAUUUGGGGUUUUAUAUAAGGAGCCAUGAUCUUCUGGUAAAUUCACCUGGUGAAUAUAAACUUCUAAGUUUUUAGUCACUAGAUGACCAGGAGAGAAUAUCUGUACCUUGGUGUAUGUCUACUUAAUAAUCAGAGUGAGAUUCUAUAAGGUGAUUUCUGAUUAAAUAAAAUGUUCCUCAUGUAUAAUGAGCCAAUUGAUCACCUA